UGUCAACUCCAUCGUAAAUCCCGGAGUUGAGUUUAGUCAGCUACUGCAACAUGUGAGCUGCUGUAAUAGAGCUCGCCAGCAUGUAGUUCUAAAUACCGGAAAUUAGUUACCGCUGGUUCACUCAAUUAUUCCUAUGGGAAUAAUACAUGGGGGAAAGAAUAGGGUUUUGGGAUAAACUCCGAAAAUAAGGUCUGGUGUUAACACAGAUUUUGGAUAUUUUAUACGUUUUGUUCUAUGAGAUAUCAGUACUUUAAACAUGACCUUUAUCUCGUUCCGUUACUGGACUGGGAGCAUAAGGAACGUUUCACAAGACAAGAUGGAGGUCUUUUAUUAGGAUCACCAUUAGCUGUUGCAAAACUAGCAGACGGAGCAAUGCCGUCAGAUCUUGCCAAGAAGAAGGCAGCGAAGAAGAAGGAAGCUGCGAAGUCCCGCCAGGCGGGUACCAAGAAAACGGAUGAGUUUAAUGGGGAGAACGACCAGCCAGAGAGCCAGGAAAAUGGAGCAGACAGCAAUGGGGUGGCUAGCCUGACUAAGGAGCUGGAUGAGUUUGAGCUGAAGAAGCUGGAUGCGCGGGCGGUGACGGGGGUGCUGGCGUCCCACCCCAACAGCACCGACGUGCACAUUGCCAGCCUGUCGCUCACCUUCCACGGUCAGGAGCUGCUGACCGACACCAGCCUAGAGCUCAACUCGGGACGGCGUUACGGCCUCCUCGGCCUGAACGGCACAGGAAAGUCCAUGUUGUUAUCAGCCAUCGGCCAUCGUGAGAUCCCCAUCCCCGAGCACAUAGACAUCUACCACCUGACCAGGGAAAUGGCCCCCAGUGACAAGACGGCCCUGCAGUGUGUGAUGGAGGUGGAUGAGGAGAGGAUCCAGCUGGAGAAGGAGGCAGAGCGGCUGGCAGCCGAGGACUCCGAGUGUGAGAAGCUGAUGGAGCUGUAUGAGCGUCUGGAAGAGCUGGAUGCAGACAAGGCGGAGGUGCGAGCCUCCAGGAUCCUCCACGGCCUAGGCUUCAGCACCGCCAUGCAGCAGAAGAAGCUCAAGGACUUCAGCGGAGGCUGGAGGAUGCGUGUGGCUCUGGCCAGAGCUCUGUUCAUCAAGCCCUUCAUGUUGCUGCUGGACGAGCCCACCAACCACCUGGACCUAGAUGCCUGUGUAUGGCUGGAGGAGGAGCUCGCAUCGUUCAGGCGAAUCCUUGUGCUCAUCUCCCACUCUCAAGACUUCCUAAACGGAGUUUGCACCAACAUCAUCCACCUGCACCAGAAGAAGCUCAAGUACUUCACGGGUAACUAUGACCAGUAUGUGAAGACCAGGGAGGAGCUGGAAGAGAACCAGAUGAAACGCUUCAACUGGGAACAGGACCAGAUCUCACACAUGAAGAAUUACAUUGCCAGGUUUGGUCACGGCUCGGCCAAGCUGGCACGACAGGCCCAGAGCAAAGAGAAGACGCUGCAGAAGAUGGUGGCCUCAGGGCUGACUGAACGUGUGGUGGAUGACAAGACACUCUCGUUUUAUUUUCCUUCCUGUGGAAAGAUCCCCCCUCCUGUUAUCAUGGUUCAGAACGUUAGCUUCAAAUACAGUGACAACCAGCCACACAUAUACAAGAACCUGGAGUUUGGCAUUGACCUGGACACACGAGUGGCUCUGGUGGGGCCCAACGGAGCAGGGAAGUCCACACUCCUCAAACUCCUGAUGGGAGAGCUGCUCCCCACUGACGGAAUGAUCAGGAAACAUUCUCACGUGAAGAUUGGCCGAUAUCACCAGCAUCUGACAGAGCAGCUGGAGCUGGACCUGUCUCCUCUGGAGUACAUGAUGAAGUGCUACCCAGAGAUCAAGGAGAAGGAGGAGAUGAGGAAGAUCAUCGGCCGCUACGGCCUCACAGGAAAACAACAGGUGAGUCCGAUCAGGAACCUGUCGGAUGGCCAGAAGUGCCGGGUGUGCUUCGCCUGGCUGGCCUGGCAGAACCCCCACAUGCUCUUCCUGGACGAGCCCACCAAUCACCUGGACAUCGAGACCAUUGAUGCCCUGGCUGAUGCCAUCAAUGACUACGAGGGUGGCAUGAUGCUGGUCAGCCACGACUUCAGACUCAUCCAGCAGGUGGCUGAGGAGAUCUGGGUAUGUGAGAAGCAAACCAUCACCAAAUGGAAUAGGGACAUCCUGGCAUACAAGGAACACUUGAAAUCGAAGAUUGACAAGCAAGCGCAUGACAUCUAGAGCCCCUGAAAUCUGAGCCAGUAAACCCAAUCACCAUAAUGGAUUUGGCCUCCAAAGUGCUCAAUGUUCCAGGAGGGGGAGGGGGGAGGGGGGGGGGGGGGGGUUUCCUCCAGGUACAGAUCUAGGAUCAGCUUCCCUCCUCAAAUCCUAAACAUUAGUGGGGAAAAUGCUGACCCAAAGUCAGCCUCUAAGGGCAACUGCACCCACCCGCCUCCAGCUCAGGCUGCACUCUGUUUCACCUGAAGCAUCUCAAAGUGCAUUAUGGAACGCAUUCCAUAUCACUGCCGUCAUCAUAGAAAAAGUUAUUUUUUUUCUAAUAAGUGUAACAGCCAAAUGAAUGCAGCAGCUUGGAAGGUCAUUUGUGCAGAAGAGCAUUAAUUAUGACUUUUAUUUUUAACGUAUUGCAAUAACGAUUUGUCUGAAUAAAUUACUGAAUUGACAAUUGAA